AUGAUUCUGAUCAAAAAGUUCGGAGAGAAUCCUAGCAGCGAAGCAACCAAGUCAAGUGAACAGAAGCCGAACGUGGAAAAAGCUAUAUCCAACACCAGCGGUCUGAAAGAUCGGAUCAGAGCGCUGAAUGAGUCGGGCCAGCAUGUACAAAAGUCGAAUGAGUCGGGAGAUGAAAAGAUGCAUCAGAAAUCACCGCCAGCUGCGGCACAACCAGAGGUGCAGAGCCCAAGUUCGUCAUCCAUCUCGCAAGAGGUGCCACCCUUUGCAGACAGAUUAGCCUCCUUUGCGAAUCAGUCCAGUUCUGAUCCUGUCGAAAGUUCGGAAAGAAAGAAAUCACCGCCAGCUACUAGCCACACGAAACCGAUUCGAAAGGAGUUGGCUGUCCCGGGUUCAAUAGUGCCAGAACCUUCCAAACCCAGCGAGCAUGUUAAGAAGUCUCUAAUGCCCUCAAAGACCUCCUUUGACAAGAACCGAGAACCCUCCGUCUCGAAGAAAAGUCCGCGUGAUGAACAAUUCCGUAAAGAGCACAAGGCAAGUUCGCUCAAGUUCUCGCAUCUGUCUCAGCAGGCUCGAGAAGUUGCAGAAGCUUUGGGUUCUGACGCGGCAGAAGAAUCCGAUGAAGAGCCAGAAAAAGAAGAGGAGGCUGCGGACGGAAGCAUUCGAAAUCAAACAGUUUUCAAUCGUGUCUCCAUGUUUGAAACCGGUGAUGAGGAGCAGCAAUUAGAAACUUCUGUUGAUUCACCCAUGGCAGGUGACAUGGCGGCUGGAUGGGACCUUGAGAAGCUCGCGAGACCGGAGCCCGGAAGGAUUGGAGGAGUCCCGCCCAAAGAAACGAAGAUCGAUACGGCUUCGUUGGAUGUCGGGGAUAUCAAGAAUCGAUGGAAGCAAGGAAACGUUGCAAAGGACGAGAAGAAAACAAAUAGUGCGUCAGAAGAAGCUCUUUUUCGUUGUUACGCUGCUGCGGCGACAAGAACAGGAGGUGUGUAUGAGAUUCAACAAAAAAUGGAACAUCUUGCGGCGGGAAAGCCAGUGCCCAAGAAUACUCCUCCCAAGCAGUCGUCAAAGAUAGCGGAGAUAGCAGAGUCGAUUCACUUCGAUCCGAACACGAUGAUGCCCGGAGCUCAGCAUCCGAGUCUCAAUUACAAUGUCGUAGAGUCAACCAGCCGCGCCAACGAGUGA